GCUACUUCAGAUGAUGGCAGAGCGCGACAGCUUGAGCAAGAUUUACAAAACACUUUAGGUUUUCUGUGCUUUAACAUUGUAACCAGGCAACGUAUAAAAGUAACGUUACUGGUAAUGGAAGCGAGGCCGUAAACUAUUCUAUUCUAGCCCUCGGUUACAUAGCUUAAGGCAGAAACCCAAACCAUCUCUUUUGAGCUCUGCAAUCACGUAUGUAACAUUACAUCUUACAGUGAAUUACUGCCGUGGAUCAGAAUAACCAUGACUUUGAGCAUGGACAUCAGCGUUUCUUUUCUCAAGUGCGAACUCGCCUCCACUAUCGACCAUGCGGUACGAAGCGCAGUAGAAUCAGUGUUGAAGGAAACAGCGCGAGUUGUUGGCAUAAAGCUGGCCGCGGCUCGUAAUGCUGCCGCAGAGUCGCACAGAGAGAACCAGAGCCUGCGCGAGAGACUGGAGAUCUCCGAGAGCGAGCUGAAAGCGGUGCGCUACUACAUGACUGCGGCCGAAAAGAACAUCAAACAGUGUUUACUUCUCAACAGAACUCUGCCUGGGUCAAAUAUCGUGCACACAAACGCAGACGACGCACACUUUGUGUUUCCAUCAUGCGCGGCGGAUGGAAGCCCCACGUCACAGGCGCAGAGCAAAGAUUCCUCCCGCAAGACCUUCCGAAACUCACCGGGAAGAAUUCACAAUCCUAAAAAUCUCCCUAGUGUUGGCCUCUGUCUCCCCACGGUACAGUCUGACUGGCCUCGUGAGUGUGUCAACCGCAGAAAGACACGAGGGUCUUCAGUAGGCAACAGUUCAGCUCUCAGGGGUGACCCCACGACCGCGCAAACUCUUCUGGAAAACAGUGCUGUUCUCUUCAAACCAGAAGAUGAGACAGUAGGCCCGUUUUUCAUCACGAAUGAUGGCGAAAAAGACAACAGUUCUGCAGUAACAGACACUGAGAGGAGACACGAGGAGCCAGAAGUUUCAGGCCCCUCCGCAAACCCACCAGAGGAGCAGUCUGACAUGACGAAUUUUCACUUUGAAAUAAGCACACCUGCUGGGAAUGUUAAUGAGCUGGAGCUGAUACAGGUGAUGGAGGACACUGAUGAUGUCAAACAGGGCACCAUUAAAAUCGAAGACGAUCCUGAUUCACUCACAUUAGAGCCUCCCUCAUCAAAUCCACCUGUAGUCUCUUCAUCCAACUCCAUGCAAGAGUUACCACAAAUCUCCUCGCCUCCAGUGGCGGAGAGCGACGGCGAUGCUUUGAUGGCCUUGGCGCCACCUGUGGGGGGUGACUCCAGGUUCAGCGGGACAGUCGAGAGCCCUGAUAAAGUGCACCGCUGCAACAUUUGUGGCCGGGGAUUCAGACGUUUCUACUGCUUGAAAACACACCAGCGCAUACACACGGGAGAGCGGCCGUAUCCUUGCAGAUACUGCGAGAAACGCUUCCGCCAUUUGGACAGCUUGCACAAGCACCAGCGCAUCCACACGGGAGAGAGACCAUACCGCUGCGCCGAGUGCGGAUGCUGCUUCAGAGAACUCGGUCAACUCAAAAAGCACAGACUCAAACACUCACCCACAUUUGUUCCUGUGGCCAAUCCCACCUUCCCUGUCCUCCCUGCUGGACCCUCCUAUGUCUGGUCACAUCUCAACACACAGCAGUCUUUGGAUUCAGUCUAGGCUUGUGGUGGUAUCAAAGCUGUUAUGUUCAAAGCUGUUAUUGCGGAAACUUGGUAUACGGUAUUAUGGUGGUAUUGAAUUAUGUUAUAAAAACAGGUUGAAAAGUUGAACAAACUUGUCCUCUUUAUAACCUGAAGCAUUUACAUACGAUGUACAUUUUUAUUGUGCAUUUUUUAAAUGAAACAUGUUUCAAACAGAUUAAAGUGCAAAA